AUGGCCGAAGGUGAGCAACCACUUCCUGCUGAAGAGGAGCUUCUCCAGCAACAACACCCGCCGCUCGUUGGAUCUCUCGUCGAUCAGCAGCAAGACGUUCAAUUUCCAGUUGGGCAGGCUCAAAUUGAACAGCAAAAUGAUCAAAUUUUAAACGAAGAACUUGUUGAAGCAGUUCAAGGUGAGAAAAUUGUGGCAAAUUCUGUAAAAAAGUCGAGAUCUCAGAACCAGAACAAAUAGGAACCGUAGCCGAAGAGCCGCUAGUCGAGCCAGAAGUGAUUCCGUUCAUCGGAAGCGCGCAGCCGGCUCCAGAAGUGAUUCCGUUCAUCGGCCACGCGCAGCCCAUCAACAAUGUGCCGCUUUACGAGCAGGAGCAGCAGGACGCACAGCACUAUUACGACGAGCCGGAGCACCAGAUCGAGCAGCCGCUCGCCGGACAGUACUUCCAGCCGUUCAGCGACCAUUCGAACAGAAACUAUGAAUAUGUGGAGCAGCAACCGACUGCCGACGACCCAGCACGUGGCCCGAACGACGACGAAGAGCACAUUGGCGACAGGGACGGCUUGUCACAACCAGAUAAUGCUCUGCCGCGCGACACUAAUGAGAGAGGGAACACGGUGGCCGCUAAUUCGGCGCACGACGCUACUGAAAAGACCAUCUGGAUUGAUUCCGACUCGAAUGACGACACGGAGGAGGUGAUUCUGAAGCAGAACUUCUUUCUUUCCUACAGUGUAAGUACCCGUUUUUCUAGUGAAAAUAUGGAAAUAUAUCUUUUCAGGAUCAUAACUACGAUUGUGCGGAUCCCACGGAUCGUGUGACUCACCCACAGGAGGGAACAUUCCCGGUCAUAGGAGGGCUUGACGAAGGUACAUCGAAUUUAUUGGAGAAAAAAGUGAAAAUUUAACAUUUUCAGCCGGAAAUAUCGUGAAUCAAUGGAUGCCCGACACUUCCGAUCUGCAGGAAGAACCAGUUCCGGAGUCUCCGACCUCGAUGCAGCCGCAACAGCACCACGCACACAUUUCGCAACUUCAACAUCAUCUGAUGCCACCGCAUCGUCAAGGCCACGUCGGAUUGCCAACGCGUCCAGUGCAGCCGUACUCGAUCGGAGGCACUCAGGUCGACUAUCACAGAGUUGUGCAUCCUGUUGGGUUAGUUUUGCGCGAAAAUCUACCAAAAAUUCAUGUUUUUCAUGUUACAGACGCGGAGAGCCUUCACAACAAUACCGCAUGGUUAACGACUACGGAAACGGUGUAUUGCCACGCGCCACGAUUGUCAAUCCACGUCUGCCGGCUUCUGCCGUAAUCCGUGGUGGAAGAGAAAUACCGGGCGGCCAUCAGGCGAUCUACCAGUCGCCGCAGCACCCGAUGGGACUCUCCCGAGUCGGAGGAGCGCUUCCGCCGCAAAGAAGAAUCAUGGCGUCGUCCGCACCUGGAUCCUACCAGCAUAUUCAGCAUCCGGCGCCCGGCGGCAACAUUUUGCGUCGUGGGAACAUGCCGCAAAGAGCUCCAGGAUCACUUCUGGGCCCGAAUCGUCAGGCGACGGCUCUUCGUCCGGUGCAGAUCACGAGACCACUGGAUAUGCACGAGAGAGAGUUUGUGGAGCACCCGCAUCCGCUUCAGGCUCAGCCGCCGCCCGCCGCCCCGCCAGCUCGACGCAUCGCCGACGUGGCACCGCACAGAAUGACGCAGGAGCAGAGACAGGAGCAGCUGCAGAUGGUCCGCGGACGUCCCGCUCCGCAUUUCGCGAUUGCCGAGCAUCAGCAGCAGCCAACUGGAGUCGCCAUGCAGAUUCGUGGAGGUCCGGGAGCUGGUAGAAUGAUCGUCAGAGGACAGCAACAGCAGCAGCCGACCGGGGCCGGAGUUCUCGUGAGAGGAAGAGCUCCGGGAGCCGAGGAACUGCUCCGGGAGCCGCAAAGACCGGUCGAACCACUAGUCGACGCGCCACAGUCGCAGACGAGAAAGUUCCAGCUCAAAGUGACAGACACGUACUCUGCUCCGAUCCAGAAGGCCAGCGAUCAGCUGCCGGCUCAACUCACCGAGGAUCCGCCCGAGGAGCCGACCACCAGCUCGUCCAGUGAGCCGAACAGCGCCACGAUUCCAACUACGGAGCCGGUGCAAGAGCAACAGCAGGUGCCUGUCAAUAUUGAGGAGAUCUCGUCGCCAAACCGUCAUGUUUCGCCGAUGAAACCGCAAGGAAUCGUCACGAAGCCGACGCCGCCGCAUCGUCUGACGCAGGAGGAGAAGAACGCGCAUUUGGCCAGAGUUAUGGCUGAAAAGGUUCGGAUUUCUAAGUUUUUCGACCUCAGAAACCAAACGAUUUUCAGGAAAAAUCUCAUAUUCCACUGCUCAAUGCUUUGCCGGCUGCAAUUCCGGUUCAAUCGCUUUUGUCGGUCGAUGGUCCGUCCUCGUCGGGCCAGAUUCCAGUGCGUGCAGGACAUCCGGAUGACACGCUCGCCACGAUUCAGCACGUUUUUGACAAUCCAUCGAAAGGCAACAAUCUUCCGAACACGCCGAGAGAAAAGGAAAUAAUCUCGCAAAUCGCGGAGAAUUUGCGUUUUUCGGCUGAGAAAUACGAAACGAAAAAGGUUCCAGAUGGGGCGAGACGCCGAAAUGACAGUGGAAUGAGCGCCGGUAGUGGAGGAGGACAUAAUCCGUUCCAGCGAUACGAUCUCUCGCAACAAGGAUCAUCUUCGAUGCACCAACAACAUCCGCAACUUCAGCAGCAUCAGCAGCAUCCACACGUGCAGGCGCAAGUUCCGCUCCUCGGACAGAAUCUCAUGGAUCCGCCGCAUCGCCCGCGAGGACGUCCGAAGGGAAGCACUGGCCCGCAGAGAAAUCGUUGGUCGUCCGGACAAGAACCUGUGGCUCCGCACCGUGUGGGCGGUGCCAGAACUCUUCCGCCGCGCCAACAAGCUGCUCCGGCCCGCAACGGAGUCGUCGAGGAGGACAAUUCGGACUCGGAGAACGAGACGGUCGACGACUGGGAGAUGCGAUGCCAUUGCGGAAUGAAGCACGGCGACGGAGAGACGGUCGAGUGCGAGCAGUGCAAAAAGUGGCAGCACAUCUACUGUAUGGGCGAGAAGCCUGGCACGAAUUUGGACGGAUACAAGUGCGAACUGUGCCAGCCGAGACGUCUGCUCGUCACGAAGCACGACGCAAUCCGCAUUCAGAGGAAAGAGCUCGCUAGAAUGAAGAAGGCGGCGUUGGAGGAGAAGAAGAAAAAGAGAAAGAGCGAGCCGGCGGAGACGCUCAAAAAGAACGCUCAACUGUCGUCGUCGGCGAGGAGAUCGAUGCCGCAAGCCUUUCCGCCACCGGUUCCACGCGUCGCGCAACUCAACGACUAUUCCAAAGCUUGCUCCACUCUUCUCGCGACGAUGGGACAGACCGCCGGAGCGGACACGCUUCUGGCAGAAGCCCGAGCGCAGCAAAAGGCUAAGCGACUCUACGUGGAGCAGAAUGUGCCGGCGCUCGUCGCCAUGGAAAUGAUACCAACUCGUUCGGUGGUUCUGGAGGUCAACGGACACGUCACGAUGCACCACGAGAUCAAGCGACAGGCGGGCGGCGGUGGAUACAUCUUCAUGUACGACGGACUCAUGAAAGGCACCUCCGGCGAGGACAUGGGCGAUGUGCAGGAGCUAGUGUGUGUGGACACGAGAAGAAAGGGAAACGACUCGAAGUACACGAGAAGGUCGUGCCAGCCAAACUGUGUGCUCAAGCACGUGCUCGGAUCGAACGCGACACUCGGCAUCAUGAUCGUGGCCACCAAGGAGAUCCAGUACAACGUGGAGAUUACUCUUCCGUUCGACCUCGAUUGGGGCUACAGCGAUGUUCCGCUCGAGUGCGCCGAUCACAUGCACAACAUCAGGGACUGUCCGUUCGAGAAGCAAAGAGAGGCCUAUUACAACUCGCGCAACAAGGAGAAACAGGCGGCUGAUGAGAUAAAACGAAAGAAAAUGGAGGAGGAGAGAGCCGCCGCGGAGGAAAGACGUCGGAUGGAGGACGAGGUGAGACGCGAGCGGGCCGAGAAGGUGCGCAAGAUGGACGAGGAAGCAGAGCAGGAACGGUUGGAGGAGGAGCGAAAGGAAAAGGAAAGGAAGGCGAAGGAGCGGGAGGAGAAGAAGAAGCGCGACGCGGAGAAGAAGGCCGCUUCCGAGGAGACAAACAAGGACAAGGAGAAACAACGUUAUUCGGAGGCCAGAUCUUCGGCUGAACCGCAGAAAUUGGUUUAAAAAAAAUUUAACUCAAACAUUCUAAAAAUCGUCUUUUUUCAGUCUCGCGACGAGCUUAAAGUUCAACAAAUCGAGAAGCGGUUUCGUCGCCAGGAGGAGGACCUAAAACGAAAGGAAGCGCAGAAAGCGAAGGCUGCGGAGCGUGCCGAACGUGAAAAGUCGGGUACACCAGGACCUUCUUCCGCUAGACGUUCCACAUCGAUCGAGAAGAGCCAGACGAGGAAAAGCGAAUCCACGGAACGUCGUCUUCUUUCUUCCUCUUCUCGUGAACCAACCCCGCGCGGAGCCAAGAAGAAAAACAGCAUUACUGCGACCGCGGAGAUCAAAAAGCCACGCGCCUCGACUGUUGGCUCGAAUAAUGGCGCCCAGAAGAGAUUGUCGACGACGCAGACUUCGACUCCGCCCGUGAAAAAGCAGCGGCCGGAGCCGGCGGAGAAGUUUUUGGUGAAAGAGAUGACGGACGAGAUGCACGCGAACGCGAUUCUGAUAAGCAAUAGACCGCGCGAAGAAUUCAAACUUCCCGAUUUUAUAAAGACGGCCGGGGAGAAGGUGUCGAAGUGGGCGAAGGCGUUGAAGGAAGAGAGCAGAAGCAAGGAUGAUGCGGAGAUUGAAAAGAAGAGAGCCACGAGACGCACUAUGAAGAGGAAACUGGACGAUGUACAGAGGGAGGAAAAGGCAGAGAGCGAUCGGAAAGCCGCGCAACGCUUACAGACGGUCGUUAAGAAGUCGGUUACCGAGAAAGAGAAAACCGUGGAAAAGGCCGCCGGCAGAAAGAGAAAGGAACCGGAGGUAAAGCAGGAGCCGAUGGACGAAGAUUCCACUGCUGCCGUUGCCUCGUCUUCGUCUUCGACUUCGAAUCCAGUUCCAUCUGCUCCAGAAGCGCCGAUUCCAGCUCUCGAACAGGAAAAGGAAAAGGAGGAGCCAGUUGUUGCCGAACCGAAACUGAAAGCCAUUAAAGUGGAGGAGCCGGAGGAGAAAGACGAGGAAGAAGAGAAGGCGGACGAGUCGGGCGACAAGAAGCCGGAACAGAAAAAGGCGCCGAAGAAGCUAUCGAUCGAUCAGUACAAGCUGAGAAAGGCGGCCGCCGCGGCCGGAGAGCCGUCGACGAGCGGAACCACGACGCGCCAGGGAUUCAUUCCGAACACCGAGGGACCGAACACUGUCAACGUAUCGGUAAGAUUUAUGCUUGAAAAAAUCACUAUUAAACGAAUGCUUUUCAGCUCUCCGAGAUCCCAAUGGACGGCCAGUCGUCCUCUUCUGCCCACGCUGCUCCGAUCGACAUCAGCUCGAUCGCUCUUCCUCCGACUGACUCGCCGAACACGCGUUCGCGCGCUCGUGAGGCCGGAAACAGCAUCAGCGACGACGAGCCGCCGGCGCACAGCCAAUCGCUACAAGACCGUCUCAUCUCGGUCUUCGGAAUCGUGCCGCCGACGGUUCCGACCCAGAGAUCGGCCGAAACUAUCCGCCCACCACCACCACCGGCACCGUCCGGAUCGACCACCAGAAACGGACCGACUCUCGGUACUAAUUCAGUUUACUUUUAAUUUGUUCUUAAAAUUUCUGCUCUUUUUCAGUCGAUGAUUCGAUUGUCACUCGCCGUACGCGUCCGUCUCGCUGGCACAACUGA